CAUUUUUCAAAACUCAUUCAACGUUCACUUUCCCAUGUUCAUGUAAUUUUGCUAGCAUUUUAAAUGUUUUAAAUGUUACAAAUAUUGAACAAUUUUUGUUUAUUUCGUUAGUUUAUCUGUGAGUUGUAAAUAAGCUGAAAAUAAUUACAGUGAAAAUAUAUAUUUUUGAGCCGGGACUAACAUAAAGAAGUUAGUGUCUGUAAAACUACAAAUAUUGGAUGUUCGUUUUCUUUUCGACUCUACUAAUUACAAAUGUCUGGAUUGGAAAAAUUUCAAGCAAAUAGCGCUUGGCGUGCAAAAGUCAAGAAAUUACUUUUCAUGCAACGCACGUUAACACCAAAAUCUAAUACUCCUGUGCAGUCUGACAGAUUUAGUCUUGAUCUAUCUGAGGAUUUACAAGUAUUUGUUGAAGAAAAGACAAAUUCUUGUGCAGAAAAAAACAUCAAUCACUCAACACAAAAUACUGAAGAAAAAAUGUUCGAAAUAGAGAAUGAUGAAAACAAACCAAUCAAUACAAAUCCGUCCGUUCAGCACAAUAAAUCAAAGUAUACCGAUUACAAAACUUUUUCCAAAGUGCCUUCAUAUGAUGAGAGUAUGUAUGAAGAAGAUAAGCAACAGGUGCAUCAGUGGCAGCGCUCAUGCGAUGAUAGUUUCAUGGCUUUGGAAAAAAUGUGUGAUAAAACGGCUUCUGAUCCAAACAGUACCUUGUUUCAGUAUAUACACAGUGAUGAUAAGGAGUUAAUUGUAGAGGAUGUGAAAAAACGUAGUGGAAAUGAUUUCAAAACGCCAUGUAAAAAAGAACUUCAAGAAAUCGACGAGGAGGCAAAGUCGCUUCAACGUUUACUACACGAUUUGUGUGUACAAGAGCAAAAACAAUUAGAAAUAGACACGCCACUCAAGGGUAUUGACGUCACUCAACUGGACGAUAUAGAAGCGCCGUCAAAAUUAUGGGACUCAACUAUAUUAGGAGAGACCACUUUACAAACAUCACCUGUUAAGAUGGUGGGUCUCUUGCGACCAUCCACUAUAAUUGAGGAGUGUAGUGAAGAAGAUGAAUUCAAUAACUCUUCGUGUGUCGAUGGUGAUGUUUCAUCGCAUGUAAGUUUCAAAAGUGCCGUAAAAGGCAGUGAGACUUCAGCUACAAGCUGCUACGAUACAGCACACGAAACUACAGGUAACAGCGCUGUUAGUAAAUUCUCCAAUACACACGAGAAAUACGUGUCGAAAGAGCCUGAGUAUUUAGAUGAGAGUCUGGAAUUGAUUCACCUUGAUAAGACGCUAGAGGCACCACAGCAACAGUUAAUAACUGAAGUCAAUAUUAGUAUCGAAGAUGAUCUCAAAAUACUACAAAAUAUAGAGAAACAGUCGCCAAGUUCAUCAAUUGAUGAUUCCGUAGGCGUUAUUGAGUUACUAUCCGAUGAUGAAUCAGAUGUUGUGAUUGCAACACAUACAAAUGCGAAUAUUGCAGUUAAAGCUGAAAGAAAGUCUGAGUUUGAUUUGGUUACGGACCACAAUAAUAUAGCAGACGACGAUAUAUACAAAAGUAAACAAUUUGCCAGUGAUUUGAAGCGUACCGAUUUUGUAGAUUUGGAAAACUCAUUUGAAAAUGAUAAGGAGAAUUGCGGUGGAGCUUUCGAUGAAAGUGGCGAGCAAUCAUUACAUUUCAAUGACACUAUGGAAGAGGUAGAAUAUAUGAUGAAAAAAGGCAUGCAAUAUAUGGCUUCUACGGAAUCAAAAGUUGACUUGAAUAUACAAACUCCUGUUGUGAAAAAAAUUGAAGUCGUUCCACCAACAAUGACAGUAAAACCAUUGAAAGAGAAGGAAAGAACAUUUACCUAUUCACCUAAAAAGCAGAAUAGUCGGCAUGCAUCGCCUGCUAAAAAGGCUUUCAAUGUAAAACCAACAGCAAUUGUUACGGGUACAAAAGCAAAACAGCUUUUGUCUUCACCACGGCGUACACCGCAAAGCAGUGCACAAAAAACUAAACGUUUCGAAAUGGAUUUACGCCCAAUGCCCAAAUUUGAAUUAUUUAAAAAGCCCAACUCGGCUAUACCAACGCGUAUUAGAGAGCCAACUGGUGCUAAACAAUUUUCGCAUAUUGUCAGUCCUGUUGGUGCUUAUAUGAAGAAGACAGCUACCACACCGUUAAUGACAAAUCUCAAACAACGUACGGAUCGGCCUGAUGUACAUAAUGCGACCGUUUUCCGUGAACUUGAGCAAGAAACAAAAGUUUUCCAACCGAAAUUUGCAUUGGCGGGAAAUACGGGCACAAAGACAUCUAGUUUGCCAAAAAAGGCAUAUAUUUCGUCAGAAUUCAAACACAUUGUUGACGAACGCACACCAGUCACUAUUCCUGGCGGUAAGAAGAUACAGAAAUAUCUUGAAAAUGCGAUGUUACCCACAGUGGUGCGACACGAAGGUAAAAUGAAAAUGUCGGCUAACCAAGUAAACCGCAAAGAAGCAGCAAGCAAAGCCAGCUUUGGCAAUACAACGCAACGUAACAAUGGUAGUUUGGCAAAUUUAUCCUUAAUGUCGGGCGAUAUAUCUGUGUAUACAAUGAAAGAUGCGCGAAAAUUUUAAUCUGGCGGUAUUACAACCAUAUAUGCUUGUUUUAAUGUCGCUUUGCAAGCAGUGGUAUCGGUGUUGUGUUGGUUCAAACUUACAUAUUAAUUAUAGUUAUAGUUUGCUUAUACUGAACUUUGAAAUUGUUUACUGAAUUGAAGUUUGUCUUUAUUUUUACAACUAAAAUAAAUGCAUAGACUAGUAAAGCUAGUUUGAUAAAUGCAACACUA